UGCGGAGAGAGAGAGAGAGAGAGAGAGAAGAGACGGUGGGGAUGAGUGUGAGUGUGCGGUGAUCGGUGCUGCAGGUACAGUGUCAGAGCCGGAUACAGGUUUUAUAGCCGCACCGGACCGCGGCAAAACCGCCUCGGAGCCUGCCUCUCUCCUCUUCUUCCCCCUCCGAACAACCCUCCGCGAUGUCUGGCGGAGGAGAGGUACGCGUCCUCCGCCAAGAGGCCGGCCAAGAGAGCCCGAGGAUGCCGGCCUGGAAGCGAGAGAUACUGGAGAGGAGGAAAGCGAAGGGCGGCGGGUCUGGAGGUGCCGGUGCCGCGGAGACAAGCCCCGGUGGUGCGGGCCCGCAGCGGGCUAACGGUGAACUGACGGGAAAUGUGAACGGCAGCGGCGGACCCAAGAGUGACAGCGGAGCGAGCGGCGGGUCCGGGCGGAAUUACACCAUCGCCCCAGCCAGCCAACACUUCACGAACAACAAAGAGACACGGCCGACGGCCGCCGAGAGGUCGCUUUCAAGAGAGGACGACGGACAGGAGAGCCUGGUGCUACAAGAAAGCCUGGGCCCGCUGGAGGAGAACCCGUUCAUCAAGCUAGAGAAGGAGCGGAGGAGGCGACAGGACCGAGAAAACACCGCUCGUCCGGUCCAGCACAUCCUGGAGCUGUACGGCAGCGUACCCGGUAUACGGACUAUCCGCGCAGAGAAUAUUAUCAUAAUUGAGUCCGAUCCCGAUUACUUCCCGGAAGCCGGAGGGCUAAAAAGCGGGUCCAAGUGGCAGCAAAACGGUGUCAGUAGUUACAGCUCUCUGAACGACCUCCUGGACCGGAGGGGGAGUGCUGUUACUGAGAUAAGAGCCAAGGAAGUAGUCAUUUAUGACACCACGUUAAGCAAGAGUGAGGAGAAUCUGAGCACCCUGGGCCGCCCUGAUCAUGAGGUCUCAUCAUAUGAGACAGGUGAGGGUCAGGGCAGGGUCAGCCGGAUGCUGCAGAAGUUUGACAGCAACUAUGGGAAGCUUCAGAAGAAGUCGCACAGCACAGAGAACCUGCUGGACCUGGAUUGUAGUGCCAGCAGCAGACCAAGACUCUGGUCCAAGCCACAGCCAGAUCUGGUGCCAAAGCCCAGGCCAGGCCCGUUGGUCAGCAGCCCGGGCAGCAGCCAACCAUCGUCGCCUGUCUUCCAGAGUCCCUGGUCUUCCAAACCAAAACCACAGUCUGUUGUCUCUGAGCUGGGAAGCCCCCAGCACCACGCUGGGCCCCCUCAGUCGGUGUCUUCCUACCGUCAGCGGUUUGAGGAGAGCGGAGGCCAUGGCACAGCUGUCACCCCCAGAGAUGAGCCAGACAGGGUGCAAACCAAGCCCACCCGAGAGAGAGACUGGGAGGGUGCAGAGGUGCCACCCAAAUCCAAGGUGCCAUGCUCUCCGGAGACCCUUCGUGCCCGUGCCGAGCCACCCUCGAGCCCCAUCGUAUUCAAGGUGGCGCGCCCCUCACCUGACUUUGAGAUCCGACCCUCCCCAAAGCCAGACCUCACCCGAAUUCCUGAUGGGGACAACCAGGCACGGGCCCUCGCUAAUCUGCGCCUGCAGUCCAAAAACUCCUUCAUGGUGAUCCCCAAGCGGCGUCCUGUUGCCUCAGCUGCAACAGGCAGCCCAACACCAUCCAGCCCUGUCAAGUCUCCCCCCUCCCACAGAUUGGCAGAGGUGUCCACGCCAGGAGUGCCAACCUCCCACACCCCUACACCCACCUUGACACCAUCAAAGAGGAAUGAGGAGAAACUGCAGAAGGAGAAGGAGGUCAAGACACCGAAAAGGCCUUCCAAGCCUGAACCAUCUCCCUCAGUUGCCACAAGUCCUCCCACCUCAGAAUCUUUGUCUCCAUCUCCUGCUCCCUCAUCUCCACCUGCCCCGUCUUCACCCCCCUCUUCUCCAGCUGUCCCAUCUUCCCCUUCCUUCUCUCGGGUUCCCACAGAUUCUCCUGCCCCAUCUCCUGUCCCUUCAACCCCCUCCCCAACUCCAGAUCAACCUCCCGCGGAUCAUCUGCCAGUAACAAACAUAGAUGACUUUGAGGUGCAGCCCCCACAGCGUGUCCCUGUUCCCAGCCCCAUGGUGCAGAGGAAAAAGGGGAACACCUUCACUGUGGUGCCUAAACGUAGAGUGGAGCCCGAGGCCCAGCCGGGCUCACCCGAGCCCCAACAGGACGGGUCAAGCGAGGCUCCACCAGGAUCCACGCCCCCGCAGGCUCCGUACGCUCAGCUGGGCUCCCUGCUGAAGAAACGUUACCCUGCUGUGGAGGAGAUUGAGGUCAUCGGUGGGUACCUUUCCCUCGCCAAGUCCUGCCUCUCCAAGACGGGCUCCACGGGCAAGAAGCUCAAAAUCUCUUUCAAUGAGUCGAGUCUCAAGAGUACAUACGAGUAUCCGUCAGAGAGCAGCGCGUGGGACAGCGGGGAGGAGGACGAGGAGGAGAGCCGAGACGAGAAGGUGGCCGAUGAACAACCGAGCAUGGUGGGACGAAUCCACAUCCCUCGACCCAGUUUCACCACCUCACCCACGCACACGACCAACAGCAAUGAUCUUUCCAGCUACGUUCCCAAGCACUCGGUGGACUUCAGCGCCUGGCAGGAGCACAAACAUGAUGACAGUGUUUACCAAGAGGACACUACUUCCCAAAACACACAGAUGACAGAGGAAGUAAUGCUCACCCCGGCAGACAGCUCCUCCCUGUCUGACUACAGCAGCGAACCCGCUCUUUACUUCUGAUCAGUCGGACCAAUCAGCUGUACAGUAGCAUCUCACCUGUGGGACCAGACUGCAGCCAGAGCCCGUCAGGAUCUGAACUGCCUCCAAGCUCUACACUCCAGCCGUCUCUAAGCACAUCUUCCUGAUCAGACAGGAAACACAAUGUUUUGUUUUUCUUUUUCUUUUUUUUUUGUUGUCUUGUUUUUUUUGGGCUGAUUUCCUGCCACGGUAGCACCACACGCCACGUUAUCAACUGCAUAUCAGAGCAGAACAGCUUUUUUUUGUCAGGCGACCAGUGUUCCAUUUCCACCUUCUUCCGGACCUGACGCAAAACAAAUCCAAAAGCAGCUGGACUGUUUUUCCCUCUCCGGUCCUGGACAGUUGAUCUUUCAGCCUCCCUCCUCCGUCCUCAUUCCUCACCUACAAAAUAGAAUCAAAUCUUUUUGUCACAAACCUAGAGAGACGUCUGUCUUCCUCUGCAGAUUCUGGGAGAAGUCCGCCGGCUUUCACAUCCCUCCUGCGAUCCUCUGCUUCGACAUUCGCUUCAGGUUUUUUGGGGAGAUGUUGACGAGCGAAGGAGCUGAAAGCGAGCGACCAAACUCCCUUUUUCAAAAGAACAGGAAGCCGCCAGUGCCCAUGUGUCGGUAACGCCACGGUGAAGGGAGUUCAGUGUUAGCAUGGAAACAUGUCUUAAGGACGUUCUCCUAAUAUGUAGGACGUGGAGGACAUGUCCGCUUGUGUAGAUCGCUGGCAGACUCAAACACACAAAAACAGAAAAAUGGUGAAAGGGUGCCACAAUUGUAGUUUUUUUGUUUGUUUUUGUACCUGCAUGUUUUGAUUUCAGCCAACAGCUGGGUUGGUUUCUAUUUUACUGUAAAGCUUCUGUAUGCCUUUUUAGUUUUUGUAUCUUUUCUGGCAAACUAUGCUGUAUCGAAGCUGCUGGACGUUUUGGUAGAAGAGUCUUUCAACGGCAAGCAAACUUCAACAAAAACUCCCUUCUUUGUGACAAAGGGAGGGGAAAUAUGCACCCCAGGGAAGAUUUCUGUCAAUCAGCAGCAACUCAUGAUUUCUGAUUGAACGCUUGAAAAAAAAGUGACCUUGGCCAAUAAUGUCUGUAUGUCCGUAUUGCUGGUGACAAACACAAAUCAUCAUACUGUAGAAUGUUUCUGUAUAUCCUCUAUCAAGGUGUCUUGUGUCACGUUUAUCAGAAGCUGUCAGACCUCCUGACACCUCUUUGUUUUUUUUGUUUUGUUUUUUUCGGGCUCCUCGUGUAUUUAUUCCUGCUUAACGUUGAAGUUUGCAUGUCUGAGACCUGCUCAUGUACAAAAGACAUUUUUGUAAAGAUAAAUUUGCUGGUGUGGAAGGAACCGGACUGGUGCGAACAGCCCCGCCGGAUGUUUUCUUGUUGUUUUUUCCAGUCGGACCUCAUGUACUUUCACAUUCCACAGAGAAAGAAGCCGGUCCAUUGAAGUAAUCAUAAUGUGGCAUGUUUGUGAGAGCGAAUGCAAGAUUGUGUGUGAAAGAAUAUGUAAUGUUUUUUUUAAUUAAGAUUGUUUUAUAUACAAGAAUGCACCACAUUUCCAGAUGAUUUUUUUUUUUAAACUCAUAAUGCCAACCAAUUAAAGUGUUGCUGUAACGGCCUCACAUUCAUUCUUUGGACGCGCAGGAUCGACCCUUCGGCCAGUAUUGUUGUACAGUUUCCACCAUGUUUUCAUACGAGUAUGAAGAUGUGUUUCUUACUCCUGUCAUUUCUUUUUUUGUUUUCUCCGAUCAGAUGAAGUUUGUUCAGUUGGAUUUUGCCGUUAGGAAAUGAGAUGUUUUGUCUUCGUCCGAUGAAUUUAGGAAUUCUCCGUUUCGUCUUGAGUCUUUGAUGUUAAAUGUGUUUGCACUGUCAUGCUUUUAGCUUUGUUUUGCACCUCAUGAGAAGGAACAGAGUAGGCGACAGAGGAAAUGUGCACUUAAAAAGAACAAGAAGUCUAGUUGGAGAGUUUUGUUUCCAAACAAAAAGCCACUAGUGACGCCUGAAUGGAAUGACGUUUUCAGACCGCAGGUAUUGAUUUUUAUUAUUAAAAUGAAUUAAUCUGUUUUGGAACAGAACUCUUCAACUGUAAAUGAUGAAUGCACUGCCGAUGAAUGCCAUGUCCACUUUUUUUUUACUCUGUUUGCCACAGCCUUGCAUCAAAAGUCUUAUGAUUGUCGGCCUUGAUGCUGUGACCACAAACUGUAGCCCGCGUGUAGUUUUUCCACACAGGUCCACCGUUCCAUCUUUGUCCUGAAGUUCCCCCUCAAACACCCUGACGUUCUGAAGCUUUAAAGGACCGUGUCAUGUUUUAGCCCACUGAGUACAAAUCAUUAACUUUACAUUACUGCUAACCAUUGUGCAAACCGUGGUUUAGAAGGUUGAAUGUAUUUUUUUUUUUUAAAAACAUUCCAGAUGUCUACUGGUUUCCACUCUACUUCAUACGGCAUGAAAAUCUAUGAGACUUAACAGUGAACAUUGGAUCCCAACUGUUUAACGUCAAUACAAAAAUACUUUUGUCUUUAGAAGAGACUGAAAUGCUCAAGAUAAAUGUUAAACACAUAGCAGAACAAGAAUCUGAUGUCUUAAUUGUCAAAACUUUGUUUGAAGUCAGAAACUGUCAACAAUUUAGAUACCCACAUUACCAAACAUCAUAAUGCUCAGCAAGCGUCAAGAUUCUACUCAUUAUUUUCAUACUAUGAAGAAAUGAGUGGUGACCAGCAGCUGCCUGUAAACGGCAGGAAUGAAAACACAAAACUCUUGUCAGCACAAGUGUGAAGUCCGCCUGCUCUGUAAUGAAGUAGCUAAAACUUCACAAAGACAUUGACGUGGUUCUUCGAAGUUUCGCCUCACUUUGGACCUCCUGUGGAGUCGUAGCUAGCAGUCACAUGACACAUCCAGUGUUAGCUGCUGCCUUCAACGACCAAAACCUCCCAAAAAGAGGACAUCUGCUCUUUGUGGGAAUCUUUAGCUCUCUGUCUGUCUUUCUGUGAACUGAAGGACAAAAAAAAAAAAAAAAAAAGAGGCAGAGUGAAUUGUGGGAAUGUCCACUGAUCGUCUCAGACGACACCAGCGAGAACUUUUCUGAUGGCCAUUUAACUAGAACGUAGAGACAAACCACUUGACUUCUGAAGUGUACCGCAGUGUUUUCUCAUCUGUCCACUCCUGUUGCAAAGUGAGCAGUUUGUGUUGGUCACACUGUAGCGACUCUGUGGUAGAAACUCCAGCUUGUCCCCCUCUCCCCCCUUCCCCCACCCUCUCGUCUGUAAAUCUACAUCGCAGCAGAUGUGCUUACUGUAAAGUUACUGUCAAUGAUUUGGGCAAAUUAAAAAAAGAAAAACAAAAAGUGAUGUCAUACUUGUACAAAUGAAAGCUCAAUAAAUAGAAGACUUGAAUAAA